AUGGCUUCUUCUGUAACUUAUACAUCCACUCUUUCCGACUCCGAGCCUACAGAAUUCAUUUUACCCGACCUUGUCAGUGAUAUCCAUUAUCCCCUGCGACUGAACCCUCGCUAUUAUCCAAUCUCCCGCGCGUCUGAAGAAUGGCUUCUUACCGGAACGCAUCUCACAGAGCUCGAAAUUACCACACUUAUGGGUUUGCGCGCAGGUGAACUUGCCGCAGCUUGCUACCCUGAUGCCGAUGCUUUCCAUCUCCGAGUCUGCUCAGAUUUCUUCAACUGGUUGUCCAAUAUGGAUGACUGGUUGGAUGCGUUCGAUGUUGACAGUACGUGGGGAAUGCGUGAAUGCUGCAUUUCUGCGCUUCGUGAUCCCAUCAACUCAGAGACAGAAAAACUCGGUGUAAAGAUGUGCAAAUCGUACUUCAGCCGCUUUAGGCAGACCAGCAGCUCUGGCUGCACUGAGCGGUUUAUUCGCACAAUGGACCUAUUCUUCAUUGCGGUGGCUAAGCAGGCAGACGAUCGUGCCAAAAAACGUAUCCCUGAUCUUAAAUCCUACAUCACUGUGAGGCGAGACACGAGCGCCUGCAAGCCUUGCUUUGUCUUCAUUGAAUAUGCAGCUGGGAUUGAUCUACCUGAUGAAGUAAUGUCACAUCCAGUCAUGAUAGCGGUGGAAGAGGCAACCAAUGAUUUCAUUACUUGGUCCAAUGAUAUUUUCUCUUACAAUGUGGAGCAAUCUCGCCAUGACACACAUAAUCUUGUUGUUGUGCUCAUGCGCGAACAAGACCUGAAUUUGCAAGGCGCUCUAGAUUAUUCCGAUUGGCUGUGCAAGGGUGCUAUCCAGCGCUUUGAACACAACCGCGCUAUCAUCCCCUCAUGGGGCAGAGAGCUUGACAAACAGGUGGCUAUUUACCUCCAAGGGCUGCAAGACUGGAUUAUUGGUGUGCUUCACUGGUCCUUUGAUUCCACCCGCUAUUUCGGGAAGGACGGACAUACAGUCAAGCGAGACCGUAUCAUCAGGCUACUUCCCAAACGGCCCUUGUAA